AUGCAAUAGCAGGUCCUGGCAUGCCUUUCCCCUGACAUAGUAAUAGAGACAGACCACUCAGUCCUUCGGAAAAACACAGUACAUGUGAUACGAUUCCUUAGCAGCCAGAAGCCUCUUUAUGGCUCUGACACAACUACAGCACCAAACUAUGAAGAGAGAGAGGAUCAAUAAGGAAACAGGAGAGCUGAGUGCUUCGGGCGAGUUGUCUGUAUCGGUGGAGACGAAGGAAGAGAAGGUGGAGGGUUCUUCUGGAAACCCUCGGCUCCUUCAGGUGCUCAGAGAGCAGCUACAGGCGCUGGGAAUUUACACGUACUCCAGCCAUGACCACAAAACCGGACAUCAUCGUUUGAAGCAACUAGAGCAGCACCUGCCUAAAAUCCUCCAUCUCCACACACAGGUUUGUGAAGAAGGUGCCAGAGUUGAUGGUACAGAUAUAAAGGGCCUUGCGGCCCUCACUGCUGACUCUGUCAUACAUAAUAUCUACAAAAGGCUAGAAGGACGGCCUGCAGAGCAGGCCCGUGAAGAGGUCGUUCACUUCUUCAAAAGACCAGAUGGAAACACAAGUUGUAGAGCAGAGACAUGUUCUGGGUGGCACCUGUUAAACUCCCUUCUGUUGCUCACAUCAGACUCUGCAGAAGUAUUAUCUUAUUUAAACCCAGAGCUGCCUGCUGCUUUGGUGAAAUGUCUGUACCUGCUGGUUUGCCUUCCUGCAAAAAAGGAGAACACAGCCAUAGAGCAGACCUUCCAGAAGCCUCUAACACAGAUUUUCCUUCAACUUUCCAAGUACCCACACAACGUGGAACAGCUGGUAGAAACUGAGGAGCUGCAGUGUCUCAUCAUCGGACUCACAUCAUUAUGCGAUCAGACCAGUCCACAGUGGAGGCACCAGGCGUCACGCGUUCUCAAAGCUGUCUCUUCUGUACCAACAAACAAAACGGUUCCAAGUUUAUUACGCAAAAACUGUGUUCGUAUAUGUAUCCAGAACCUGGUGCACAUCAAAGCCAAAGUUUCAGGAGCACUGCUAGCUGAGGUGGCCGUGGCUGUGUUUAGCUUUGUAAGAGACACUUAUCACCUGAAUCCAGCUCUCUUUACUGAGUUUGACACCAACAACGGCUACAAGGCCCUGAAAAAAAUCCUCAAACGCUGUGAAGAAGGCGUGCCCCUGGAUCAGUUUCAGCCUGUAGACGAAUUGUUGGCUCUGAUCGCAGAUUUCACUCUCCUUGGAAAAGCAGAGCUGAAAGUGGCUCUUUGUGUGCCCAAUCCUCAGCCUGCAGGCUUCAAGUUUGAUCCGCCACUCACUAAAGGUUUGGCAGUAAAGAACCUUCCUGCCUUCCACCUGCUGCAGGCCUCUUUGGUGCAUUCCCAGGAUUCUCACUUCUGCUGUCAGCUGCUUCGAACCCUGCAGACGAUCUGGGAGAAGGACCCGGCUAAUUUUUUCCUCUUAGAGUGGACUGUCCAAUCGAUGGCCCAACUAGCGACCCGUAUGUGCCGUAAACCGCUGCCUGUCCAGAAAAUCUUCUUUUCUAUGCUGGAAAUGGUGGUGUUUAAGUUGAGUUAUAUACCCCAUGAGACACUGCGAGCCCUGCUAGGCGUACUCAAGAAGAACUGGGCUGGAACCGGUGGAGUGGCAAAGACAGAAUUUAGCAUGGUGGCAGUUCAGUGUUUUCACAAGAUGAUUGUACACAGCACUAUGCUAACAGAGGUGCUAUGUGACAGGGGGUUACUUGAGCUGCUGCUUGGAGAACUUCGCAGGAGGGCUAAGAUCCUGAGAAAGGCUGAUCCUUUGCAGCUGCAGUCUAUGGAGGAAAAUGAGAGACAACUCACUACAUGCAUGCUUCAAGUUAUUUCAACUCUUACUUUGCGAUCUAUUAAAAAUACAGUUUCAUUGCGGGAUCUCGGCAUGGUCCCCUACAUAAAAAUCUUCUUGGAUGACAAUCAGUAUCGGGGUCCAACUCUCAGCAUUUUGGAGCAGCUUGCUGAAAUCAACCCAGAUGAAUUCAUGAGCACAGCAGUUGGAGCCCUCUGCUCCUCCACGCAACAGGAGCUCAGGUUGAAGCUGGACCUCUUGCAGUCUGUGCUGAGAGUGUUGGAGAGCCCCAACACCUGGGACGCCUUUAGGAAGGCAGGAGGCUUCACUGGACUGCUAUCUCUGAUGAUGGACAUGGAGGGAGCUCUGUCUGAUCCUCCUAAUGGACACGUGUGGAAGACUCUGGGGCAUCAGCAAAUGCUGGAGCUGCUUCUCCUCAUUCUGCACAUCAUGGCUCUGGCUGUCCAUCUUCACAUUGUAAAUGCUCACCAUUUUCAAACAGAGGGAUUUUAUGAGAGACUCUCAGAUGCUCUUCUUCAACUGGGCUGCUUCCAUAUUGAAGGCCAAAAGUGGGAAGGAGAAAAAUGCUCCUGCCCUCAGACAUCAGAUGAAAGCCAGUCUUCAGGUUUUUUUCGGUUUGUUGAGCUGGCAGAAGCCUUGGCAGCUCCUAAGACUUGCUCUGGUUCACCUCAGCAAAAUCUGCCCAUCACUCUUCAGUCGUGCAUACGGCUGCUGUCUUACCUAGACCAGUUUGCCACAGGGACCUACUCUCCUCAGGCUUUAAAACUGGGACAAGAAUCAGAUGGAGACUGUGACAAAAAUAACAAGACACUACAUGGACCAGAACGUCAUGAAGAAGUUAAUUCUGGACCUCCAUCAGUUCUGUCAGGUUCAGGUCCACAGUCCACAGAGGAGAAACUGGGAAGUUCCAAAAACACAGCACCCAGCAGUCCCACCAUGAGUACAGUGACCCAGUUAAGUAAGUUUUCAUGUGAUCAGGUUAUUCUUCAUCCAGGCGCAGUCACAGUGAUCAUGACUCUCCUUCCACAUGUGUUUGCUCCAGAGGACCCUCAGCUCUCUUUGGAGGUACAGUGCUCGCUGGCUCACCACAUCCUGUCUAUGGUCAAAUCAGAGCGAAACCGACAGAUAAUGUGUGAGGGGGGACUGGUGUCCACUCUCCUGACUCAUUGCCGCAGCAUUCUGCUGUCUCCGAACCACCACCUGCAUCUACCUGUGACGCGGAUUUUUGAGAAGCUCUCCUCUCAGGCCAUCUCGCACUUUGAGUUCAGACAGUUCCUGUGCUUAGGAGAUCCUCUCAUGUGUUUGGCAGAUGAAACAUCCAAGCAGGUUCAGACAGAAAGCAACCCAACACUUCAGACAUCACAUUCAAAGGAUGAGAACGCAAGUGCUGAAUCUUCACAGAAGAUGCUGAAACGAUCCUUCAGCUUGUUGCAUCCUUCGACAUCAUUCGGUUCUGCCAUCCCUGACCACCAGAUUGUCAGUCUGGUUUCCAUGACGGCACCACGCACCUUCAGACCACACAAAGUGUCUUCUUCACCUGCCUUUGUAGAGUUUGAUAUGAGCGAGAGUGGAUAUGGGUGUCUUUUCCUUCCCUCUAUCGCCACGGUGAAAGGUGUGUCUGCUGAUCCUAUUGCAACUGGUGGAAUUGGAGGAGAAUGCAGAGGCUUUCCGCCAACAUCCGGCCUGUCAUUUACCUGCUGGUUCCAGAUCAACAGGUUCAGCUCAGCUUGUGAUUCCCACCCGAUCCGUCUGCUGUCAGUGGUCCGCCACAUGUCGCGAACUGAACAACAAUAUAUCUGUUUGUCAGUCUCCUUCUCAGCUUAUGAUGGCUGUCUGGUCAUCUCCACAGAGGAGGAAGCAUUCACAUACCUAGAUAUGAUGGAGCCAGAGGUUUGCUCUCCGACUUCUUUGCCCUCGUCUCUCAGGUUCCGCUGCUCCAGCAUGUUGGUCCCUGGCCAGUGGCACCAUUUGGCUGUCGUCAUGGCCAAAGAUAUGAAGAAAAGCUGCUUGACCUCAGCUUACUUCAAUGGAAAGGCAGUGGGAACAGGAAAGAUGAAGUAUAUUCAGCCAUUCCCAGGUCAGUUUGUCUCCAUGGACCCCACGGCUGUGAUUGAUGUGUAUGGACUGAUAGGGACUCCAGCGAUAUGGAAAGAUCAUGCGGCGUUGGUGUGGCGUGUGGGUCCCUGCCACCUAUUUGAAGAGGUGUUAAGCUCAGAGACUGUGGCUGUGGUUUAUAAACAAGGCACUGCCUACCUAGGGAACUUCCUGGCUCUGCGUAACAUGGGCUUUGGUCCGACCGCAGAGUCUCCAUCUCUCAGGCUUGUUUAUGAGGAGAGGGUCUCUUUUGGCAUCAACCCUGCAGUUUCCACUUUAACAAAUGUGGUGCAGAUUAGAGAGGAUUACAAUGAGGUGGAUUGCAGACUCAUUGCGAAAGAGAUGGGGAUAACAUCUCGAGAUCACUCAACGCCUGUUUUUUUCCUUCAAAACAUUAGCAAGCACCUGAGUGGUACAGCUCGCACCAUAGGCGCUGCUUUGGUUGGACGUUUUGGUGUUCGAACUUUCAUCCCCAAGUCUGCUUCCACUGGUUUUCUGUAUGUUGGUGGGCCUGCCGUUGUUCUCAGUCUUGUUGCAAUGGCACCAGAUGAUGGCUCUUUGUAUGCAGCUAUUAAAGUUCUUCUCUCAGUGCUGGAAACGAACUCCGCUAUGCAGGCCGAAAUGAACCGCAUCAAUGGAUACAAGCUAUUAGCCUUCCUGUUGAAGACAAAGAGCAGUCUUGUUAGCCAUCGAACCUUUCAGCUGGUUUUGUGCCUCGCAAGUUCAGUGGAGAUGAACUGUGGAACUGGCUACCUGCAGAACACGCCUGCUUUCCAGGCUCUGCUAUGUGACUUGGAGGUGUGGCAGAAUACACCAGACAGUCUGGACUUCUCAGUCCUAAAAUACUUUGCUGAUAUUCUGAAAUCCUCCAGUGACAGAAGGAAUGCAGUGGUCCUGCACAGUGUGGGCCUGCUGCCAAUGCUGCUGUUUGAGUUCUGUGAUCCUGCGGUGACCAUCCAAAGGGUCCACAUUAUCUCUGACGUCAUCACUUUACUGCUGAAGGCUCACAUGACUUCUUCAGACAUAAGCAGACUUGGGCUUUUCCUGGUUUACACACUCCCUCCUUCCAGUGAAAAAUAUGAAGGCAGUGAGAUAGUGGACUGUGAGGUUUCAAAUGACAUGUCAGGUCCAACUAGCAUCGUCUGCAUCCGUAACAAGAUGCUGCUUGUAAUUUCUGAAAUUCUUCAAUCAGACAGUCUUCAAAAAUGUCACCAGGCCACAGUUUUCCAAUCUCUCGGCAGCGAUUGGUUCCUGCUCUUCCUUCAGGCCCACCUCCACCCAACCACUUUGAAACUGGGCCUCAUCCUGCUCACACAGUUUCUGUCCAAUCCAGGACAGCAGAGCAGCUUCAGAGAGGGAGUGAUGCCAGGAACACUCAUAGAGGGCAUAGAGGAACCAUUUGUUAUCAUGGACAACCUUCGAGCCUGUCCUUGGUCCCAGGAGUGUCUCAGCACCACUUGUCCAGGUUUUGAUGUUCUCCAGGAGUUGUUAGUCAGACACACUCACCUGCCUCAGGUAUAUGAAGCUCUUGCUGCUCUUCUACUUGGGAGAAGCAUCAGUCACAUGACAGCCAGAGAGCUCGAUUUGGAUGAUGCCCUGCAGGAAUUAAUUGAGAGCCAAAGGGAAGCUCCCUCUCAGCAACUUUGUGCUGAAGCUGCUAUGACACUGCUUGAGCUGGUUAAAGUUAUUAUUUCUCAGCCUUUAUCUACAGAUGAAUCGGACAGUGAGGCACCAUGGGAAGUGCAGCUCCCAGCCAGUGUAAUGCAGUUCCUUUGUCUCCUUCACAAUCUCCGACCAAGAGACCCACUGUGGGCAUCACCCAAGUUCCUGCGUUCACUCGCCAGUGUUGUUUAUCCUGUGGAGAUUAAAGAGGUCAACCCUUGCAAAACAAAUAAGAGAGAGGGCACAUUCAGUACUCAUCCAACGAGGAAGCCAGUGCUCGACUUCAUGCGUAUUCUGCUGAUGGACAGUCUCCUAAACGUGUGUUCAAGCUCCAACACACAUCCCACAGUUCUGCUGCUGGAGUUUUGUCCUGAUGGCACAUCGCUGGAGCAAAGGCAGACUUUUCAAUCUGAGUUGAUGGAGCUGAUCAUGAACAUCAUUCAUAUGCUCAGCCAUGAGGACGAUAACAACACCCAUCUCACCUCACAAGACUGCAAUAAUCAGAAUGCCGAAGGAGAGAUGGGUACUCUGAUGGACAAUGUGGUGUUCUUCUGUAGGACUAUGCUACUGAAGCUUCACAGUGGAACGUUUGCUGGAGAUCCUGAAAGUUUGCUUGACUUCCUGGCUGAUCAGAUUAUGGUGGCCGUGGGGAAACCUCAGACUCAAAGAGAGAGGGCUGUGUCUGCCCUCUACUCGUGCUCCAAUAAAGUCCUGCUUCACUUCCUGUCUCAACCGCGUCAUUCCCAAGAAGAGAGGGAUGUUGUCAUCAGGGCUUUGCAGACCUUCAUGGAACGCUGGGAUGUUUUCAUGGCAACUUACAAUGCUAAUGUGAACUUCAUCACCUGCCUACUUCACUGUCUGCUGCUGAUUCGCUCUGGCAGCUACCCAGAAGGUUUUGGAUGUGUGCCACUACAGGAACACAAAAAGAAAUCAAGCCCUUUACCUUGCAGAAGUAAAAGCCCUUCCAACCUCAGUAACGGAGCAAACAUAACAGAAGAUGGCAAACAACUCGUGUCCUUAGCAGAGGCCUGCUGGUCAAAGGUAAUAUCAGAAAGACAACAAAUGCUUGAAGAGAGCUACAAGGUUGAAAUCUCAGCGAGCAGUAUGACGGAGACGAAGCCGGUGAGCAUGACUGAAAUCAGCCCCCUAUGGGAGGAGAUGGCACACAAAGCCUGGCAGCUGUACACAGAAUCUCAGAAGACAAAAGCAGCCAGCAGAUCUCAGAGGACGCUCGAUGCCAUCAGUAGUGCUCUUCGCUCUGCUUUGGGAAAAGGUCAAGAGUCAAUGAAAGCAGAGGAGUUUCUGUCCAACAUGGAGUCACAUAGGCAUCGAGGUCACAGUGUGUUUGAGAACAUGAAGACAAACCACUCACAGUUGCAAACCACCAAGUGGGAGCUUGUGAGCUCUCAGUGGUUGCAUGUGGAGGCCGAGCUACUGAGAGAGAGAGCCAUAUUCGGCCCUGGUCCAGGGGUGCUGUUGAGCCAAGACUGGGUGCAAGAAUCUGCAGAAGGACCGAACCGGACCAAACUACGCUUACGCAGAAAAGUCAUGAGACAAUCCAAACGGCUGCUGGGUGCAUUGGGUUUCGGCCUAAGGUCUGAGGAGUCCAGUCAAAGAUCAGACAGUGAUGCAGAGUCAAAGAUCUUGUGUGACUUUGAUGCAGAGAGUAAAGAGGACGAAGCAGAGGCGGAACAAAGCUGUGAUCGCCUGACGUUUUUCCCUGCUUUAAAAGAGACACCCUCAUUUCCUGAGGGUUUAUCUGACCCUUUCACCCCUAAACCCUGCUCACACACACAAGACUGCCCUGACAUGCGUAUCAUCCUCAAAGAGCUGCACCCUGAGGAGAAGAUAAAGGCAAAGAUGUGCGUGGUGAUGGUGAGUGGCCUGAGGGUGACAGAAGGUUUGCUGCUGUUUGGAAAAGAGAGUCUGCUGUUGUGUGAGGGAUUCACUCUGAACUCCACUGGAGACGUUUGCUGCAGGAGACACCACCCAAGCAGUGUAAAGGAUUCCUUUAUUUCCACUGUGCUGAACAAAGAGCUGUCAUCAGCCACUUGCAGACGCUGGCUUUAUGAGGAUAUCAAGGAGGCUCGCUUCAUGCGGUUCCUUUUGGAGGACAAUACUAUUGAGAUUUUCAUGAAAAAUGGACACUCAGCAUUCCUCGUAUUCAUGAAUAAAGACCAUGUCUCUGCAUAUAAAAGACUGAGCAGAGUGGUGCCGACAUUAAAAGGCAGAGCAGUUGCUGAUGUCAUCACUAAUGCAAAAAAGACUCCAGUGGUUGAAAAGACAGCCCUUGUUAAAUGGCAGAAAGGCGAGAUGAGCAACUUUGAGUAUUUGAUGCACCUGAACACGAUUGCCGGGAGGACAUAUAAUGACUUGAUGCAGUAUCCGGUUUUCCCCUGGAUCCUGGCUGACUAUCAGUCAGAGACACUGGAUCUGUCAAAUCCCACAACUUUCCGUGACUUGUCCAAACCAAUGGGAGCCCAGACAGAGAAAAGGAAACAGAUGUUUAUAGAGAGAUAUGAUGAGGUGGAAAACGCUGGGGAUGAAGUGGCAGAUAUGUCAGCACGUUGCCACUACUGCACCCACUACUCAUCUGCCAUCAUUGUGUCCUCCUUCCUUGUAAGAAUGGAGCCUUUUUCACACACUUUCCAGGCUCUUCAGGGAGGGUUUGACAUCCCUGAGCGGAUGUUCUUCAGUAUAAAGAAAGAGUGGGAGUCAGCGUCCAGAGACAACAUGGGAGAUGUCAGAGAACUGAUCCCGGAGUUCUUCUACCUACCUGACUUUCUGCUCAACUCCAACCACAUCCUGCUUGGUUGUAUGGAGGAUGGCACUGCUUUGGGAGAUGUGGAACUGCCUCCAUGGGCCAAAGGUGACCCCCAGGAGUUCAUUAGGAUCCAUCGAGAGGCCCUAGAAAGUGACUAUGUGAGUUCUCGCCUCCACCUGUGGAUCGACCUGAUCUUUGGAUACAGACAACAAGGUCCGGCGGCAGUGGAAAGUGUCAAUACGUUCCACCCUUAUUUCUACGCCCAGAGAGGCCGACAAGAUGCAAAAGACCCCAUGAUAAGGAGCACUAUCUUAGGCUAUGUCAGCAACUUUGGACAGAUUCCCAGACAGCUUUUCACCAAGCCUCAUGCCCCUCGCAGUGGGUCUAAGAAAGAUGGAUUGACUCCCUCUCAUCCAACUCCAUUUUUUUUCAACCUGGAUGCACUAAGGACACCUGCACAACCUUUCAGAGAGCUACCAAGAGGUCCAGUGGGUCAAAUAUUAUGUCAAGAAAAAGAAGUUUUGGUUGUGGAGAAGAACCGGUUACUCAUGUCGCCUCCAUCAGGCUGCUUCUUCAGCUGGGGAUUUCCAGACAACAGCUGCGCCUUUGGAAACUAUGCCACGGAGAAGCACUUUGCAGUAAGUGAGAGUUUGUGUGACUGGGGAGAGACGUUGUGCGCCGCCUGCCCCAACACGACCACCGUCAUCACUGCAGGAAGCAGCACUGUUGUGUGUGUUUGGGAAGUGGCUGUCAGCAAGGACAAACCUUCUCACAUGAAACUCAGACAGCCUUUAUACGGUCACACAGACGUGGUGACGUGCCUGGCUGUGUCUGAGAGCCACAGCUUGAUAGUGAGCGGCUCCCGUGACCUCACUUGCAUCCUCUGGGAUUUGGAGGAGCUAAGUUAUGUCACCCAGUUGGCAGGACAUGCGGGCAGCAUCUCUGCUCUGGCUGUCAGUGAUCUCACUGGUGAGAUUGUGUCCUGUGCGGGUCCUCUGCUUUACCUGUGGACCAUGAAGGGCCAGCUGCUGGCUUGCACAGGAACUUCCUCUGGGCCUCAGGCAGACAUCCUGUGUGUCAGCUUCACACAGCAACAUGAGUGGGAUUCCAGGAAUGUUAUUGUCACAGGCUGUACAGAUGGCAUUAUUCGGAUAUGGAGGACAGAGUACACCAGAACACAAUUACCUGGCCCUCCAGAAGAGCCCAUGUCCCCAGGGCAGGGCCAGAUAGAGAGAGACGGGAGCGCCUCAGGCCGGGGAAAAGGCUGGAGGAGAUGUCUGGUGUUAUGUCGGGAGCUGAGCAGAGGUCAGAGUGUGUCACAACGCCGCUCCAACGAUAGCCCCGCCAUCACCGCCCUGGCCAUGUCCAGGACUCAUGCGACCCUGCUGGCUGGAGAUGCUUGGGGCAGAGUUUUCACCUGGGUCUCCGACUGACCAAUCGUUACUGUGGAAAUGUCUGAGUACCAUGAUGCUCCAUGAGGAAAUAAUCUGACAGAAAAACUCUCAGGUGUGACACUGGCUCAGCAGUACAAACUGUUUCACAUUUGCUGUCUUGUAGAUAUAGUAGUUACACAUCAAGUUAUAGAUAAAACAAUAUUUUCCACUUAUAAGCAUAUUUAAUUAUGUAUUUUGCUGUGUGAAUAAUGGAUGCUGGUGAAUAUAAAUAAAAUCAUGAACAGA